GUUACACAUGUUACACUAUGUUUCUGUCACUGUUACACAUGUUACACUAUGUUUCUGUCACUGUUACACAUGUUACACUAUGUUUCUGUCACUGUUACACAUGUUACACUAUGUUUCUGUCCCUGUUACACAUGUUACACUACAUUUCUGUCCCUGUUACACAUGUUACACUAUGUUUCUGUCCCUGUUACACAUGUUACACUAUGUUUCUGUCCCUGUUACACAUGUUACACUACAUUUCUGUCCCAGUUACACUAAGUCUCUCCCCAUUACACGACGUCUCUGUCCCAGUUACACAUGUUACACAACGUUUCUGUCCGUUACACAUGUUACACAACGUUUCUAUCCCUGUUACACAACGUUUCUGUCCCUGUUACACGUUUGUCCCUGUUACACAACGUUUCUGUCCCUGUUACACAUGUUACACUAUGUUUCUGUCCCUGUUACAUGUUUGUCCCUGUUAUACAACAUUUCUGUCCCUGUUGCAAGUUACACUAUGUUUCUGUCCCUGUUACACAUGUUACACUAUGUUUCUGUCCCUGUUACAUGUUUGUCCCUGUUAUACAACAUUUCUGUCCCUGUUGCAAGUUACACUAUGUUUCUGUCCCUGUUACACAUGUUACACUAUGUUUCUGUCCCUGUUACACGUUUGUCCCUGUUACACAACAUUUCUGUCCCUGUUACACGUGUUACAUUGUGUUUCUGUCCCUGUUACACACGUUACACAACGUUUCUGUCCGUUACACAUGUUACACUACGUUUCUGUCCCUGUUACACAUGUUACACAACGUUUCUGUCCCUGUUACACAACGUUUCUGUCCCUGUUACACAACGUUUCUGUCCCUGUUACACAUGUUACACUACGUUUCUGUCCGUUACACGUUACACUACGUUUCUGUCCGUUACACAUGUUACACUACGUUUCUGUCCCUGUUACACUACGUCUCUCCCCAUUACACGUGUUACACUGUGUCUCUGUCCCUGUUACACGUGUUACACUACGUUUCUGUCCCUGUGACGUUUCUGGCCCUGUGACAACGUUU